GUCUGCUAGAUGAGUAAAGGUAAGCGACGACGGCAUGCAUUCGUUCCUCCGUCCUUGGAACGUCAUACAGUCGUGUAUGCUGUAGGACAAGGCUCGACGGAUGACGGGACACCGCCGCCGCGCAUGAGCUCAACGUCGCCUGGCCUGUGGGCAUCGGUGAAGAUGGCGUAUCAAGGACUUGUGCACACCGUGAUCCGACCGCCUCGAUCGCAUUACGCUCUGGACGACUUAGGUCCAUCGACUUGCAUCUUCGCACACAAUCUGCUUGUGGGACGAGAAGAUUUCACCCUUCGGAACGACAAAGGGCUCGCAGUCGAGUGCAGUUGGUGGAAACCUCAACACCACCAUCGCCAUGCCACCACCGAGACGCGCAUGCCGUGCAUCGUUGUGCUGCAUGGGAACAGCUCGUCGCGCUUGGGAUGCAUGGAGACGCUGUUUCACAGCCUCGCCGCGGGGUUUACAGUGUGCGCGAUUGACUUUAGCGGCUCCGGGUUGUCCGAGGGAAAGUACGUGUCGUUGGGUUUCCACGAAAAGAAAGAUAUCUCCCUCGUCCUCACGCAUCUUCAGUCGACGGGAGAAGUGUCCAACAUCAUCCUGUGGGGUCGAAGCAUGGGAGCCGUCGCAUCCAUCUUGUGCGCGGCCGAAGAAGCCGACGACGUGGCUGGCGGCGCGUGCAUCACGGCCAUGGUGCUCGACAGUCCGUUCUCGAGUCUCAAGCAGCUCGCGAUGGAUCUCGUGGACGACGGCAAGCUCAACGUACCCAAGUUUGCAGUAUCCAUCGUGAUGCGGUUUCUCCGACGUGACAUCCAGCGCCGCGCAAAGUUCGACAUGUUUCAACUCACACCCAAAGCCGUAAUUCACAAGUCCGUUCCGAAAUACUCUGUUGUACUACCCUACAUAUCCGUGCUCAUAUUUUUCUCGAUCUUCCUAUUUAGAUGCGCCGUGCCCGCGUUCUUUGCGAUUGGCAGCCAAGACGAGUUGGUGUCGCCGUCCCACGUCCAACUCCUCCACGAUCGGCACCGCGGACCCAAGGAGCUGCUCAUGUUCCCCGGAGGACACAACUCGGUCCGGCCGACCGAGUUUUUCGCGCGCGCCGUCAACUUCUGCCGCGUCAUGUGUGGUCUGCUCCCCAUGUCCGAAACUGCUGCCGGGGGCGGCGGCGGGCUCUCCCCCGUCCACGUCCGCCACCCCCUCGCGACGGACCUGUCGGUGGAACAGGUGCGCGCGAUGUCUAUCAAGGAGCUCAAGGCGGUGCUCCACCGCGCGGACAUCGACGUCGCGACCGUCGUGGAGAAGGCCGAGCUGGUGACGCUGGUGCUCAAGAUGCACGCGCGCCACGUCCGCAUGCGUGUGAACAGCGACGUCGAGAGUCGAAGGAGGACGACCAGUCCGAUGCAGCGGCGGCACUCGACGGGCACGGACGACCCGGCCACGUGUCCAGAGGACAUCAUCGUGGGGGGCGUGCAGGUGACGGCGACGGCGGCACCCCCCACGUCGUGACGGUCGCCGUCGUCGUCUUAGUGCUAGUCGUACCAUAGAAUACCAUCCCACCACCCUAUUCAAAACGAGUCAAAUCACG